UGCAAUUUUGAUAUGUAUUCCAUCCCCUUCUCUUUUAAUCUCUGCUCUUUUAAGGUUAUGUGAAUCUCUGGAAUGUCCUCAGUGGAGGGAAGCUUGUGAUCAGCUUCAAAGCUGUGAGAUACACUGUUUUAUCUCCAUCAACUAUGCGUUUUACGUGCCUGGCUUUUCCUUUUCAAUAUAAAAGAUGUUGAUUAUCUCCCUUUUUCCCCCCAGUAUUUUAAGAUCUUUCAAAGUCUAUUUUUUAACGAUAAUUACUGUGAACUAAAAAUUUCACGUCAUCCAUGAAGUGUAUCCUCUGCAUAAGCUCAUGAGUGAGUUGAGCUCGUAGUUUCAGUGUAAUUUUGGACUGAAAUUUUCUAUAAUUUCAAUGGUUGUAAAAGAUUAGGUGGCUUUAAAGACCAUAGUGGAGACAUGUGUGGGGUUAAGUAAAAGUGUGUUUUUGUUGCUAAAAAAAAUUGUAUUUAUUUUUGUUGUUGACAUUAUUUUCUCCUUUUUUUGUACUUUUGCAGAAGAUAAUAAAGCUGGCCAAAUCAGACGAGAACAUGCUGCUGUACGCCGCUGACAGAAUAGGUUAUGUAUUUGUUUUCAGCAUGAGCAAGUUCGACCUUGAUCAAAACUCACCCAGAGGUUAGCCUCACUGUUCUCCUUCUUUAAUUGGGUCUGCAGUGAAACAACAAAGAAAGGUUGUUCAUAAGGAUUUUCUCAAAACGUAUCUCGCUGUCUCUUUUUUUUAAAUUAUUCUUUCAGCUGAGAUGUUCUGGCGUGCUCACGCCAGCAAAAUAACCAGCCUGCAGAUUGUUGACAGUGAUCAAGUGGUGCUUACCUCAUCCACCGACCACACUGUACGCCUUUGGAGUGCAUACGGAGAGUGUAUCGGGACCUUUGGGCAGCCAGAGAUCUGGAACAUCCAUGUCUCCUCAUCCUGGAUGCAUCCUACUGAUCCAUAUGAAGUUCUGAUAGAUCCUCUCAGUAUGCCAAAUCAUGGCACGCUGAAUGGAAAACCACGUCAACCCAAACCCAUCACCCGUGACAAGACUGAGCCUGAUAGAGGGGAACUAAAGAAAACCAAGAACUGAAAAAUAAACCCAGCAAGGAAAUCCCAGAAAUCUGCAGUUCCUCCAUUGGCCACUUGAGGCUUGGACACAAGCCAUCCAGAUAGUUACAACUAAAACUCAUUUUGUUGUUUAAAUUACAGCUAUAAUCGUUCAUUAGGUGACAAGAAAAUGGUGCCCCAAAAAAUUAACUGAAAAUGUAGCAUGGCAGUAUAACCAUCACUACAAUACUGAAUUUUUAAAAACUGUUUUUGAAAACAUCUGUAACUUUAAUUUAAAAUAAGAUUUUAAAAAUGCAUUUUGGUUGACAUUUGUGUGCCACAGAAACUUUAUUUAGACACCAACUUUCUUCUUAUUUAAUAUGUUUAAUUUUUUAUGUGACAACUCAUGCAACAAAUUUGGGACUGAAGGUAGACUCUGAAGGUAGACUCCACAAACAAAUCAGGUUUGAAACGAUGAUCCAAACUUUUAUUACCACAGAGAAGUAUUACUGUAAUUCCCUAUAAAUGGGGCUUAUUACCUCGGCCAUUGGUCAAAAUGCGGCUGCACAUCUCUUAACUAGAAAGUGGAAUUAAGAUCACAUCUCCCCUAUUUUAGCCUCAUUACAUUGGUCGUCUGUUCAUUUCGGCACAGAUUUGGAAAUUAUUUUAUUUGUUUCUUGUAUUUGGCAUGUAAGACACAGUAAAGAAGUUCCUUAAUCUCACCACAUUUUAAUUUAUUCUGCUUGAUUAAAUGUUUGUGAUGCGUUUUGUCUUAACAAUGUAACUUUGUUAGCAUUUCUUUGCACACUCACUCGUUUUUAUGCCUCUCUGCCACUGCAAAGCACUUUGGGUCUCUGUGGACAUUUCAAGUGCUUUAUAAGUAAAGUUUAUUAUUUUGUUAAAACUUAGACCUACUAACCCCAACAGAAAUUUCAGCAGGCCAAACGUUGGCAAUGCUGGUUAAUGCCAAAAGGUACAAAAGAAUAAAACAACAAACUAACAAAUAUCAAAUAGAAAAUCAAAUGAGCAGACCACUUAUUUAGUAAUAUCUUCUAAAAAGAUAAUUCAAGUAAUUGUAAGUGCUCACAAACACGCACAGAAAAAGCAUGUUUUAGAGAUUGCAUUGACUUCUUCAGUCAGAAAUCCUAUUUGACUAAAGAUUUCAAGAUUUAAGGAAAAUAACUUGAAAAUCCUAAUUUAAUAUACGUUUACCUGCAUCAAAGAUGAAUUUGAACGUCCUAUGCAGUGCUUUAGUCUGAAAAAUGCAGAAACUUCAUAUCUUAGUGAACCGCUUUUUUUAAUAAAACGUGGGUGAAACAGGGGGCUCGGUCAUUGUCGAGGUUGGCUGUUUUUAGAUGCUGUCAGCAGAACUAGCA